GAUCCCUCCGCGCCGCAGCCGGACAAAAACAAGCGCAAGCUUCCCCAGCGAGUUAAACCCAAAGCGUCGCAGGUCGGGGAAGAAGAAGCGGCGGCGCGUCGAUGCUGCAUGUGGCCUCUGAACCCAUUGUUGUGUCGCGGCUGACGUCAGUGCCGUGUGUGCGGCAGACGGAGCGGCGUGCGCCUGGCGAGACAAAGGCGGCGGAGCGAGCGGGGUCAGGCGGCAGCAGCAGCAGCAGCAGCGAGCGGAGCAGCAGCAGAGAAUCACUGGCUUAGAACUCAAAGGGAACUCCCAGCCUCGGCUUUCAGCCACGCUUCUCUCUCCCCCCGACGAGACGGAGGAUGAAGACCCAGCGCCGCUCCUAGGAGUGUGCUUUGGCCUUCCGAGAAGAAGAAGAAGAAGAAAAACAUCGGCGCCCCUUUUUUUUUAAAGCUAUUUAACGGUUUUUCUCCCCCCCCCCUCCCCCCUCCUCCCUUCUCCAACGCCCCCCUCCAUUUAGCCUCGCUAGUUAGCCGCCGCGCUAAGCUCACUGCGCUGCACUGAUCGCCUCCUUUCUUGUUGCUCCUCGGCUUUCCCCCUCAACGCGGCGCGGCGAGCGGCCAGAGGACCCCCGGCGGCCAGACGAACUGAGGGUGAGAUCACUCCUGGGGGGAAAAAAACAACCAAAACAAAAACAAGAAGGCAUCCGUGAUCUGAUGUGAGAUCCACGGAGAGACUAUGCCUAGCCCUUUAUUCCACCCCGAGAUUAUGGACCACGACGUGGUGAUCAGCAGCCAGCACGGCGGCGUGGCUCUGCCCCGGGAGACGGACCAGGAGUCCCGGGACGAGGACCACCAGGAGGUUCUGCGCUUCGCGCUGGACCAGCUGUCACUCAUGGCCAUGGACAAAGUGGACUGCGGGGGCGGAGGCGGCAACGGGCUGGUGGUGGACACCCUGGACGGGACCCCGGGCCCGGAGAGCUGCAACGGCGUGGGCGGAGGGGGCUACGUGGAUCUGCAGAUGAUGGAGCACCCCGGCGGGUCCCGGGACUCGCCGACGUCCUGCUCCCCGUCGCCGGAGUACUACGGGCCGGGCGGGUACCACAUGGCCGCGUCGCACCCCAUGCUCCACGGGGAGCAGAGCUCCGUGCUGUGCAGCAGGAAAAGGAGCGUGAACAUGACGGAGUGUGUGCCCGUGCCCAGCUCCGAGCACGUCGCCGAGAUCGUGGGCAGACAAGGUUGUAAGAUCAAGGCCCUGCGUGCUAAGACCAACACCUACAUAAAGACCCCCGUCAGAGGGGAGGACCCGGUCUUCAUCGUGACGGGCCGCCGGGAGGACGUGGAGAUGGCCAAGCGUGAGAUCGUGUCUGCGGCCGAGCAUUUCUCCAUGAUCCGGGCGUCUCGCUGCAAAGCUGGAGGGCCGGGGGGAGGAGGCUCUCUGCCCGGCCCUCCUCACCUGCCGGGGCAGACCACCAUACAGGUGAGGGUCCCUUACAGAGUGGUCGGCCUGGUCGUGGGGCCGAAAGGCGCCACCAUCAAGCGCAUCCAGCAGCAGACUCACACCUACAUCGUGACCCCCAGCCGGGAGAAGGACCCCGUCUUCGAGGUGACGGGGAUGCCGGAGAACGUGGACCGGGCGAGGGAGGAGAUAGAGACCCACAUCACCCUCCGGACCGGCACCUUCGUGGACCUGCAGGGAGACAACGACUUCCACACCAACGGCACCGACGUCAGCCUGGAAGGCCUCGGCUCGCUCAGCGGGGGGCUCGGGGCGUCCCUCUGGUCCAGAGCCACGGGCCACCACUCCGCCCCUCCUCCCCCGCCGCCUCCUCCGCCCUCCCCGCCGCCGCCGCCCCUGCCCAUGUCCAUGCACCACUCCUCCAGCAGGAAGAUGUCCUCCUCGGUGGCCUAUCACACGCACAACGGCGCCAUGAGCUCGGAAGCCUUCAGCGCCAGCAGGAGGCCCAACGAGGGGGGCAGCCCCACCAGCCCCUUCAGCACGGGCUCCAGCAGCGCCGGAGGCGGGUUCACCUUCGGGGGCGACUCCACCCCGGGACUCGCUUCCUCCGACGAACUGGGCUUCGAGUUCAGCGCUUCCAACAUCUGGGCGCCUUUUGUGAACGGCGCGGCGGGGAACAAGACGCCCUCCGCCUCCUCCCAGCAGCAGCCUCUGCGCCGCAACAGCAGCGGCCUGAGCGGCGGCGCCAUCACCCCGCGCUUGUCUCCCACCCUGCCUCAGGACUUGGUGGUGGGCCCCUUGGAUCACCCGCUGGCCCGCCGCGCCCAGAGCGACCCGCUCAGCACGCUCUCCUGGCUGCAGUCGGGCAGCACGGGCGGCGGCUCCUUCUCGGGCGCCUCCAGCUCCAGCUCCGGCGGCUCGUCCACCGGCUACUCCUCCUGCUCGGCCUCCUCCCUGCCCGGCGGCUCGCCCACCGACUCGGAGGGCGGCGGCAGCGGCGUGGGGAUCACCUCCGGGAUGCUGAGCCGCCUCAAGGCCGGCUCCGGGGUGGCGGCUCUGGUGGCCGUGGGCCCCGGGGUCAACAGGGACUGCUUCGUGUGUUUCGAGAGCGAGGUGACGGCGGCCCUCGUGCCUUGCGGCCACAACCUGUUCUGCAUGGAGUGCGCGGGACAAAUCUGCCAGUCGGCCGAACCCGAAUGCCCCGUCUGCCACACUCCAGCCACACAGUGCAUCCGCAUCUUCUCCUAAUGCCAGGGCCGGCUGGGCGGGGGGGUCUUAGGGGCGGGGCGGGGCGGGGGGGGGCAGACAGGUACCAGCUGUGGUGGAGGACAUGGAAGGAGACACACUAACAACCUUCACACAGAUGAUGGACCAUUAUUAAAUGCAUUAAUAGAGAUGAUGAUACUUUACGGAUGUUGAUAUAUUGCUGAUAACUGUCAGAUGAAUAAUACCAGUAAUAAUAAUAAUAAUAAUGACUUAUUUUCCAAGGGAAGUUGAAUGCAGCUUGUCUGCAGCCGCUCGGGGCUCAGACGGUCUCUCGGUGGUGAACUUAUGGAAGGAAACUAGUGUCUUAUAUCUCUUCAGGCCUUCAUUUUGACGUGGAGCGGCCCACCCUGCGGGCCGUCGCCCGUCCGUCUCCACGCGUCUUCAUUCUGGCUUCUUGAGAUCUCUGCCUGCUUUUCUCUCUCUCUCUCUCUGUCUCACAGCCUUUUUUCCUUUUGACACUUUUGUACUUAACAGAUAUUUUUCGAUAAAACUGUCAACGAGGCCUGCACUUUUCUACUCCUCAUUUUAACGCCCUCAAACAACCUUCCUCCUCCUCCUCCUCCCCCGAGGUCUUCUCCGCGCUCUUUCGCUCGCUCAUGCUAAUUUUCUUUUUCUUUUGUGACACAAAGAGGAAAAGGUUCUUGGAAUGUCUUUAUUCCUGUUUUUAUAUAAAGCAAAAAGAGACAUUUUCUUUUUUUUUUUUUUUUAGGUGGGCAUCUUAGUCAGGCACCUAUGGGAAAACACUACACUUCUGGAGGAACCUCUUCAGGGCGGGUCCUCCGCGCCACACAAAAUUUAGCCAUGCGAUAAAUAAGCCAAACGAAUACCGAGACAUGCUCUGUGAUUCACUUUGGUGACACGUUUGGGGGGAACCUGGAUGAGUCUCGGCCACGUUAGCGGCGUGGCUGCUGAUUAUUCAGUAAUAAGUGAGAAAUGUACCCUUUUUUUUUCUUCUGGCGAUGCUGACGGCCUGUGAUUGUGGUCGGUUUGUACGUUUUGGACUGCCUGACAAUCCCUCCGCCACCUCUCUUUUUCUUCUUCUCGUGCGUUUGUGGUAGUGUGAGGCCCAGCGGCGCCAGUGGGCCGCCGCCGCCUCCAGAGGGCGCCAUUUUGUCCGUCUGAUCAUCUCGUGCCUGUUACGCUUAGAUCUGCUCGUUUUUUUUAAGUGUUUUUGUUUCUUACUAGUUAAUGACUCGUCUGUGUAGUGUGUGGGUAGGACAUGUUUUUUGAACUCUAGGAUGAGACAGGGCUUCGACGUCACAUGAGAAUGUUUGGUCCAAUACGGUUAAGGAGAGAAGACUAACAAGGGGCUUGAAAAUUAAGUUUUCACGCACUGUAAUUCCCCUUCUUUUUUCUUUCUUUUUUUUUAUUAACAGCUUUUGCUGUUUUCGUUUCGGUCUUCCACUCCUCCCUCGCAGCAAAGCUGUACGGCACUCUCUCAGAUGACACUGUUGUACCUAUAGAUGGAUUCAACGUCACUCCACUUCCUUCUCCCUGGAACGGCUGGCCUCCCUUUAGGCGGGGAGACGAGACGUGGCGAUUUUUAAAAUGGGAGCAAAUGGAUCUUCUGGGGUGUGUGGUGCGAUAAAAGCAAAAUGGACAAUAUGAUGGGCAUUGAUUGGCAAGGCUGAAUAGAAAAGUAAUAGGACUAGAGGCUGUGACCAUAGCUGGUGGAUAAAAAGCCUAAGGGCCACGGAUUGAAGCGUCCUAUCUGGACUGAUGGACAGAAUGACGCCUUGGGCGAGUUUGUCUUUCUGCCAUCCAAUAACCAAUAAUGCAGGAAAUUCUCUAAAUUUCUAACGCAGAAUAAAACGCAGCGCAAGUGAAAUGGUCUCCCUACUCUCAGCACCAUGCAUGGGGAGCAACUGGGACCCCACACGGCCUUUCCUUAUGCCGCCCUGGGCAUCUGCCCUAUUGGCCGAACUUACACCCCAGCCGAUGUUUGUUUUCAUAUAUAUAUAUAUAUAUAUAUAUAUAUAUAUAUAUAUAUAUAUAUAUAUAUAUAUAUAUAUAAAAUGAAAACAAAUAUAGAGCCCUUCACUUCUUUAGAUCAAGCGUCUCAUGAAUGUAAAACGUCCUCUAGGACCAACAGCGGCUAAAAGAGACCCAAAACCAGGGAAAUUGAAUGGUGGCGUUGUGGAUCCUCCGAAGACAAGCUUGCUGACCCCCCCUCAGCGGGGGCCACCAAUUGGUCCUUGCUGUCUGGUUUUUAUUGCACCCAACACCCCCAGCAGACGGAUUGACCCGCCCAUUGGCAUCGAAGCGCUCAGUUUCUCCCCCCAGAAAGGGCCAAGCCCCCCCGGAUGUGUUAAAUCCAUCUAUCCAGCGCUGUACUCUCGGCAAAAUGUAGUGCACUAUAUAGUUAGUAGUGUGAGAUGUGUCCUGUGUUUCAUAGUAUUACUCCAAUAAGGUAGGCGUGUCCGGUUUUGUGUUUGUGUUGUUUUUUUCCCCCCCCUCUCGAGGGGAGGAGAAAAAAAAAAGUUCAACGAGUUUGCAGUAACUGCCUCUUAAAGUGUUAAAAACGCUGCAUUUCGGGCGGCUGACUGAAUCUGCCCCCCCCCCCCCCCCCCCACCCUUUCUCUUUUUAGAUUAUUUUUUUUUCCUCUCAUAGAAUGAGACAAGCCAUGACAACUGAACUAAAACAAACAUUCUCAAGGGCUUCCUCUGACUGCACAGACACAUAAUCACACAUGUUCAGGCUCUCACCGUAUAGGAAGAAUCGACGUAUCCUUUAUGGCAGCUAGUAGCUAGGUCAUCCAGGGCUUCCAGACACUUCUUGUGUUCCAAUCCCAGCAGCUGCAGAAUGUUGUUUUUUUUUCUGUUUCGCUGUUUCGUGUUGAAUUGUUUAGUUUAGUUUAGUUUUUUUUUUUUCGGUCGUCCUCUGCACGUUCAUCUCAUCCGGGUCCUGUUGGUGAGCAAAAGACCGAUCAGGACAGGUCGCAGGGGUUUUUACUGACAUACAACCAACGGUGAUGUGUUGCUUUUUUUUUUUUUUUUUUUUUUUAAACUCAAGUUAUACUUUUGGUGCUCUGGUUAGUCUCAACGUGAUUGCGGUUGCGACCGUUGAGUUUGGGGCCGCUUUCUGGAAAAGGUUCGCGUUCGCAUAUAUCUAUAUACACAUAUAUAUAUAUAUUUUUUGUUCUUGUAGGAGAAAAUGCAACCCGGGAGCUGGAACUUGCUAAGUCUUUGCAAAGGACUCGUCCACGGUGCUUUUGGUGCAACUCCCUACUGAGUCUCAGAGGGGGACAGGGCAGCGAGGGGCCGCCAUUAACUUCUCAGAACAACACCCACCCCCACCCCUCAAUACCCCGGCUGCACCAUAGACCUGACCCCCACCCCCCUCCUUGAAAGAAAGGAAAAAAAAAAACAACCACCUUGUGUUUAAGCGGGCAACGAGCCCCCGUUCCCUCCCCUUCCUGUCGGAUCUGUUGCUGCGUUCUGCGUCCUCAAACUGGGAGCAGAUGCGGGGGCCGUCUGAACGAGCACAUCUGUGACGGUCUGUCGAGGCCCUUUUUCUUUAAGCUGUCCAGGCGGACGUGUUAAAAGAAUAAAUUUGUUGUAUUCUGCCGGACGGGUUUUCAUAGUAAAUCGUAGAGGUUCUCCUGGCCAACGAGCAAAUGUUUUAGGGUUGAUGUACAGUGAUUUUUUUUAUUUUAUUUUAAACGUUAAGAAGGUACAAUUUUCCCCCCUCCCCAGAUUGACUUUUUUUUAAUGUUGAACUAAUUGUAUCCCCCUCCCCUAUUUCCUUCCUUAAGGUUUGAAAACAGGGUUUCCUGAGGCAUGCUAGUCAGUGACCUCGGACCUCUUUUGUGAUUAGAGGGGGGGGGGCGCUAAGGGAGCAGCGCCAGCGGAGGGGGUAACAGGCUCCCCCUCAAGCCUCCCCGCUCUCUCUCCUAUUUUUAUUUUUUUUUUGCUUUAAUUCUCUUUGUAUGCAGAACCAAAAUGUUAAAAGCCGUCGGCGAACUAGGUUUUAUGUGUAAAUACCCUGGAUACAAUCAACAGGAUCUUGUUUUUCAAAAGCAAAAAGGACUUAAUUGAAGAUAAGUGUAGUUUCUAAAGAACAUGUAUCAUUAUUUGUAAGUUAACCAUCUGCAUGUCUUCAAAGCCACCCGGCAUUAGCUAAUAAUUUUUAAGAUGAAAAACAAAAAAAAGUUUUUACAUGUUUUAUUUUUUACGACUUUAUUUGCUUACCUAAAUAUCCCAGACAAUAAUGUGACCCUUUUUUUUUUUUUUUUUACUUCAAAAUUUUAUUUUUUAUUUUCCACUUUUUCUUGUGUUCCUUAUUUUCCUGUGUACUACAUAUAGGCAAUUUAUAACAAAAUGAGAAAAAUUAUUGAAGAAAUUUUAAAAUUGAAAUAUAUUUUAUUUGAAAGUUUAUGGACCUUUUAACCGUGAGCCGGAGAAAUUGUAUAAUCGUAUAAUUUGAGCUGACUUGACGGUUAUGAGAAAUGUAUCAAGAGUUUUAUUUUUUAUGCUUCUUUAAUAAAGUCUUGUUUUUUGGUUUCAUUUUUUUACUGUAAAAAUAC